AUGAGUUGCAAGUUGACCAAUGAGGAGUUGCUUGAUAUGUUGGAUGGCAUGAAUUCAGACAUAGAAUUGUCUGAUGAAGAAGACGAUGAAGACAUUGACGACAUUGCAAUUGCAAAUGAACUCGUUGAAAGUGUUUAUGGUACAGUUGAUGGUGAAGAAGACGAUAAUGAAGAUGACGUUGAUAUAUUUACUCCUGAUCAACUACUACCAAUACAGACACUACCUACUGAUGAAGUAAGCAUGCCAAAUAUUGUAACACAUACAAAUACACCACCAGUACUCAAAAAAUUUACAACAUUCGCUAAAAGUUCAAUCAAGUGGUUAUGUAAGCCUAUGAAACAAAAAAACAUAAUUCUUAGAAAUGUUGAGCAAACAGAGUUCCCUAAUACUAUACCAUCACCAAUUUCUUAUUUUAUGAAAUAUUUUACUGAAGAAGCAUUUAAUGAAAUGGCCAUGUACACUAAUAUUUAUGCCGAACAAAAAUUAACAAAUAAAUGGGUUCAAACAACAUCUGCAGAGAUGAAAGUUUUUGUUGGUAUUCAUUUGAUGAUGGGUGUAUUGAAUUUACCAAGGGUCAGGAUGUAUUGGCAAAAAGAAUUUAGAAUUGAUAUAAUUGCUAAUAAUAUGACUAGAAAUAGAUUUUUUGAGUUGAGAACCCAUUUUCAUGUCAUGAAUAAUGAAGAAAUUCCACAGAGAAAUACCGAUAAAUUCAUAAAAGUUAGACCACUUUAUAACCAUAUGAAAAAUAGAUUUUAUCAACUACCAAUUGAACAAAAUAUAAGCAUAGACGAACAAAUGGUUCCUUUUAAAGGUAAACUUGCUCCAAAACAGUACAUGCGAGGUAAGCCUCAUCCUUGGGGUAUUAAAAUUUUUCUAAUGUGUGGUUCAAGUGGACUUGUCUAUGAUUUCAUCAUGUUCCAAGGUAGUAGUACUGAAUUAGAUCCUGUUGUUCAAAAUCUAUUUGGCCAAGGUGGAGCAGUAGUGAUGCAAUUCAUUGAACGUCUGGAGAGAAAUAGGCAUUAUGUGUAUUUUGACAAUUAUUUCACUUCAUAUAAUUUAUUGUCUGUACUAGCUGACAGGUAUAUUUAUGCUGCUGGGACCGUUAGAGUCAAUCGAUUUGCUAACCCUCCACUAUUAACCGAUAAAUGUUUAUCAAAAAUGGGUCGAGGAACUUCUUAUGAAGUAUCUGGAAUAGCAGAAGGCCAAAAAAGUCAAAUAGGUCUCAUAAAAUGGUUUGACAAUAAAGGAGUUGUUCUAGGUUCUAAUUUUAUAACAUCUGGUGAACCUGAAACAAUCAAGCGUUGGGACAAAAAACAUAAACAAUUUGUGGAUGUUGAAAGACCGGAAGUCAUUGGAUUAUAUAAUAAGUCAAUGGGAGGAGUAGACGUGCAUGACCAACUUGUUAGCUUUUACAGAACUUUUAUCAAGUCUCGAAAAUGGACACUGAGGUUAAUUGCUCAUGCUUUUGAUAUGGCUACUGUGAACAGUUGGUUAGAGUAUAAGAAACACACUAACCACUGUAAUAUACUAAUUCGAAACACAAUGGACUUACUAGCAUUCAAAGAACGUUUAGCAACCACCCUAAUUUCAUUAGGAAGAACCAAAUCAUUCAUAACUCCUCCAAAGAAAAGAGGCCGGCCUAGUACAUCGCCAUCUCCAACUCCUGAACCUGAAGUACAACCAGUUAGAACUAAACCAAGAUCUGUAGAUUCAACUCCAUAUGAAGAAACCAUAAAAGAUGGAUUAGAUCAUAUGCCUACUUUUGACAACAAACUAAAUAGUAGUAGAUGUAAAAAUAGUCCAUGCAAAUUCAAGACAAAUGUUUAUUGUGACAAAUGUAAUAUACAUUUAUGUUUUGUUCCUGGGCGAGAAUGUUAUCGUCAAAAACAUAGAAAAUAA